AUGUCUUGGUUACCACACCAGCGGCAGUCGCCACUGCGCCGAGGGAAUCCCAAUCUGCCAUACUACCCUGGGAUAGGCAUGCCAGGGCAAAGUCCCCUUACAGGCAUGUCAAGCAUGUCCGGCAUUGUCCCCAAUCCCAUCCAACUGCAACUUGCCCGCAACUCUGGAUUCCCCAGUCCUAUGUUCCCAGGGCGCGCACCCCUUCUACCUAACGCCAGCGGUCCCUUCACCACCGCCCUCCAAAGACCUGGUGCUUUCUACCCUCCCCUUAACCCAAACUUAAGCCUCUCUCCCCUCCAAGCACCCCAUGACCCUUACGCCCCCUACUACCCCUACACGGAUCCACGCCACUCAUGCUCCUCAUCGUCAUCCUGCUGCGACAGCGGCACCAACAGCAACUCAAAAUCUGACUUCAAAUUCAAAGUCAAAGACGUGACCGUCCGCGGCAAAGCGCGCUCCGUGCGCGCCUCGUACCUCCUCGAGGCGACCAAGUUCGAGUCCGAUCUGGUCAAGUACAUGGAUAAGAAGAAGGAGGACGAUGUCCCGGACAAGGUGGUCGAUAUGUUGAUUUCGUGGAUCAACCGCGAGAACUACUCAAAUAACGAUCCGUUUGAUGAGGUCACGCUGAAUAUACUUGCGAGUAAUGUAGGGUGUAAGUCUGUACUUGACCACAGUCUUGGGAGGCUGAAGAAGAUGGAGAAAGAUAUUACCGAGGAGGAGUGGGCGAAGAUUAUUGGGACGGUGUAUGUCAGCAGUAAGGUUGAUGACGGGGUCAAGAAGUGGAUGUGUAAGUAUCUGAAGGAGGGUCAUCGGUGGGAGAGAGUGGCAUACCACUACACCUACAGGACCAUGGUGGAGGAGAGGCCGGAGGUCCAUACUGAGUUCUUGAGAGGCCUAGGGAUACUGGCGCAACCGGACGACAAAGGGCUGAGGUCGCUGUGA